UGCAUUUGGAGGCAUCCGUGCAUGAGAAGAAGUUUGUUCUAUGGCCUCAGAGCUGGGCGCCAGGGAGGAUGGCAGCUGCUCAGAGCUGGCAAAACCCCUUUAUCUGCAGUACCUGGAGAAAGCUCUGCGGUUGGAUCAGUUCCUGCGACAGACCUCUGCCAUCUUCAACAGGAGUAUAUCUAGUGACGAAAGUGAAGAUGGGCUGGAUGACAAUCCUUUGCUGCCUCAGUCUGGGGAUCCCCUGAUGCAAGUUAAGGAAGAGCCUCCAAAUUCUUUGCUUGGAGAAUCUUCUGGAGCGGGAAAUUCCGGGAUGCUGAACACCCAUUCCCUGAAUGGAGUAUUGCAGCCAGAACCGAAGUCCGAAAAGGGGAAUUUGUAUAACUUUUCCAAACUGAAGAAAAGCAGAAAGUGGCUGAAGAGCAUCCUUCUGAGUGAUGACUCCAGCGAUACAGAUUCACCAAGUGAUGAAGAUGGAGAGGAGGAAGAAGAAUUUUCUCUUUCAAGGGAGGAGCUUCACAAUAUGCUGCGAUUACACAAAUAUAAGAAAUUGCAUCAAAGUAAAUAUAGCAAAGACAAAGAGUUGCAGCAGUAUCAGUACUACAGUGCAGGAUUGCUCUCCACACAUGAUCCUUACUAUGAGCAGCAGCGCCACCUGCUAGGGCCCAAGAAAAAGAAGUUCAAAGAGGAGAAAAAAAUAAAAGGCAAGUUGAAAAAAGUAAAGAAAAAGAGGAGACGGGAUGAAGAGCUCUCUUCGGAGGAAUCACCACACCACCAUCACCACCAGACCAAAGUUUUUGCCAAGUUUUCUCAUGAUACUCCACCACCAGGGUCCAAGAAAAAACAUAUGAGCAUUGAGCAACUUAAUGCUCGUCGGCGGAAAGUGUGGCUUAGCAUAGUGAAAAAGGAGUUGCCGAAGGCAUUCAAGCAAAAAGCCUCAGCACGCAACCUCUUCCUAACCAACAGCAAAAAGCUUGCCCAUCAGUGCAUGAGGGAGGUACGCCGAGCUGCUCUCCAGGCCCAGAAAAACUGUAAGGAAACUCUACCACGGGCACGUCGUCUUACCAAGGAGAUGCUUCUCUACUGGAAAAAGUAUGAAAAGGUCGAAAAAGAACAUCGCAAGCGAGCUGAGAAAGAGGCUCUGGAGCAACGCAAGCUAGAUGAGGAGAUGAGAGAGGCUAAGAGGCAGCAGCGAAAACUUAACUUCCUGAUCACACAGACUGAAUUAUAUGCUCAUUUUAUGAGUCGUAAACGUGAUAUUGGGCAUGAUGGAAUACAGGAGGAAAUCCUACGCAAACUGGAAGACAGCUCUACUCAAAGGCAGAUUGAUAUUGGUGGAGGAGUAGUGGUCAAUAUCACCCAGGAAGAUUAUGAUAGUAACUACUACAAAGCUCAAGCGCUGAAGAACGCUGAAGAUGCUUUCCAGAUUCACCAGGCCAGGACCAGAUCAUUUGAUGAAGAUGCAAAGGAGAGUCGGGCAGCUGCUCUACGGGCUGCUAACAAGUCUGGUACUGGUUUUGGAGAGAGCUACAGUUUAGCAAACCCAUCUAUCCGGGCAGGAGAAGACAUUCCUCAGCCUACCAUUUUCAAUGGCAAACUGAAAGGUUAUCAACUAAAAGGCAUGAACUGGCUGGCCAACCUAUAUGAACAGGGCAUCAAUGGCAUCUUGGCAGAUGAAAUGGGUCUGGGUAAAACAGUACAAAGCAUUGCUCUCCUUGCACAUUUGGCUGAGAGGGAGAACAUCUGGGGACCUUUUUUAAUAAUUUCACCUGCCUCUACUCUCAACAACUGGCAUCAGGAAUUUGCCAGAUUUGUUCCUAAAUUUAAGGUGCUACCUUACUGGGGAAAUCCCCAUGAUAGAAAGGUGAUCAGAAAAUUUUGGAGUCAGAAGACGUUGUAUACUCAGGAUGCUCCUUUCCAUGUGGUAAUUACCAGUUAUCAGCUAGUCGUGCAGGAUGUGAAAUAUUUCCAGCGAGUGAAGUGGCAAUAUAUGGUGCUGGAUGAAGCACAAGCACUCAAAAGUAGCUCCAGUGUCCGUUGGAAAAUCCUGCUACAGUUCCAGUGUCGAAAUAGACUGUUGUUGACUGGGACCCCAAUCCAGAACACAAUGGCUGAGCUAUGGGCCCUGCUGCACUUUAUCAUGCCGACCUUGUUUGAUUCCCAUGAAGAGUUCAAUGAGUGGUUCUCUAAGGACAUAGAGAGCCAUGCAGAGAACAAAUCUGCCAUUGAUGAGAACCAGCUGUCCCGCUUGCACAUGAUUCUGAAACCAUUUAUGUUGAGAAGAAUCAAGAAAGAUGUGGAAAAUGAGUUGUCAGAUAAGAUUGAAAUCCUUAUGUACUGCCAGCAGACAAGUCGACAGAAGCUGCUGUACCAAGCUCUGAAGAACAAAAUCUCUAUUGAUGACCUGUUGCAGUCCUCAAUGGGCACUACUCAGCAAGCACAGACUACCACUAGUAGUCUUAUGAAUCUAGUCAUGCAGUUCAGGAAGGUGUGUAAUCACCCAGAGCUGUUUGAACGACAAGAAACCUGGUCUCCAUUUCACAUCUCCCUAAAGCCAUAUCAGAUUUCAAAGUUCAUCUACCGUCAUGGACUGAUCAGGGUCUUUAACCACUCACGAGACAGGUGGUUACAGGUUUUACUUUCCCCAUUUGCACCAGACCACAUCCAGCAGUCUCUCUUCCAUAGAAAGGGUAACAAUGAAGAAAGCUGUUUUUCUUUCCUCCGGUUUAUUGACAUGUCUCCAGCAGAAAUGGCAAACCUUAUGCAUCAGGGACAUUUAGCCAGGUGGUUAGCUCUUUUCCUGUCUCUGAAAGCAUCCUACAGGCUCCAUCACUUGCGCUCCUGGGUGGACACAGAAGGGGAGAACCAACAGGGGUCACGUUAUCUGAGAAACAAAGAUUUCUUGCUUGAUGUAAAUUUACCACUCUCUUUUCCCAACUUGCACAGCUGCACUUCGCUGCAGAACUUCGUGUUCAGUAGCUACUGCAAGGCAGUUACUGGCCAUUCAGAUCAUGUCAUACACCGAAGGAGAUCAGCUACCUCAUGUGUACGGUGCUGCCAGGUGACUGAGCUGCCAUCCUUCCUGUGCAUAGCCAGUCCACGGGUAACUGCUGUGCCGCUGGAAUUCUAUUGCAAUGAUCGAAGUGCAGAAUAUGAGCGCAGGGCACUAAAGGAAGGAGGAAGCCUAGAAGCAAAGCAGUGUGUGCUCCACGGAGCCCCCGAACUAGCCGCUGACUGGGUGAAGCAGUGCUCCCGCUUCUUCCCCGAGUGUCCAGGAGGGCUGCUGGGAAUCACACCUCAGAAUGGCUGGUCUUUUAUCAGGAUACCAGACAAAGAGAGUCUGAUCACGGAUAGUGGGAAACUUCAUGCUCUUGAUCUUCUGCUGACACGUCUGAAAUCUCAAGGACACAGAGUUCUCAUCUACUCUCAGAUGACACGGAUGAUUGACCUACUGGAGGAGUAUAUGGUUUACAGGAAACAUACUUACAUGAGAUUGGAUGGCUCUUCGAAGAUUUCUGAGCGAAGGGAUAUGGUAGCUGAUUUUCAGAACAGGAAUGAUAUUUUUGUGUUCCUGUUAAGUACAAGAGCUGGUGGCUUGGGCAUUAACCUUACAGCUGCAGAUACG